AUGGGGGGCCGGGGCCGCGACUGCUCCGGGCCGGCCGGGGCGCCUCUGCUGCUCCUGCUGCUCCCGCUGCUCCCGCUGCUCCUGGUCUCGGGGCUGUCGCUGUCCCCGCCGCCAUCCCAGGAUGUUGAUGAGUGUGCAGGAGGAAUUGAUGACUGCCACGCAGAUGCCAUCUGUCAGAACACACUCGAGUCCUAUAAGUGCUCCUGCAAGCCAGGCUACCAAGGAGAGGGCAAGCACUGUGAAGAUGUGGAUGAGUGCCUGUUCAGCAACGGAGGCUGCCAGCACACAUGUGUCAACACCGUGGGGAGCUACGAGUGUCAGUGUAAGGAGGGGUUUUUCCUGAGUGACGACCAGCAUACGUGCAUUCACUGUGCAGAAGAGAAAGAGGAGUCUACCCUGCAGCUAAUGGAGAACAACGUUACAUCAUCAGUAGCUGAGGGUGACAAAAGAGUAAAACGGAGGCUACUUAUGGAAACAUGUGCUGUAAACAAUGGAGGCUGUGACCGAACGUGUAAGGACACAUCUACUGGUGUUCACUGCAGCUGCCCCGUGGGAUUCACCCUCCAGUUUGAUGGGAAGACAUGUAAAGAUAUUGAUGAGUGUCAUACUGGUAACGGAGGCUGUGAUCACUUCUGCAGAAACACUGUUGGCAGUUUUGAUUGCAGUUGCAAGAAAGGAUUUAAAUUAUUAACAGAUGAAAAGUCUUGUCAAGAUAUUGACGAAUGCUCUUUUGAAAGGACCUGUGACCACACAUGCAUCAAUCAUCCUGGCACCUUUGAGUGUGCUUGUAAUAAAGGAUACACCUUGUAUGGUUUCACACAUUGUGGAGACACUAAUGAGUGUAGCAUCAAUAAUGGAGGCUGCCAGCAGAUCUGCAUGAACACCGUGGGAAGUUAUGAGUGCCAGUGCCUCUCAGGCUACCAGCUCCACUGGAACAAGAAGGACUGCAUGGAAGUAAAGGGAUUCCGGCCUGGUAACAUGUCCCCCAAAGUGUCCAUGCGCUGUACUAAGAGUGGUGGAGUGGAUAACUGCUUCCUAAACUGUCCCUCAGAUGUCCACCUCUCUCCAGGAUAUCAAGAUGCCUAUUCUGUCACCUGUGGUGCCUCUUCUCAUCUCAGGAGUCAACUACAUAAAUCUAAUGAUUCUGCUUUAUUGGAUGUCGCCAUCGUCAGGACAAGUGUCACCUUUAGGCUGAAUGAAGGCAAAUGUAGUUUGAAAAGAGCUGAACUGCUUCCAGAGGGCCUGUCAUCAACGAUACCAGAGAAGUACAGCUCAAUAAAAGAGGGCUUCCACUAUGUAAACCUUACAUGUGGCUCUGGCAAGCAAGUCCCUGGGGCCUUUGGCAGACCAACCACGACUAAAGAAAUGUUUAUCAGUGUUGACUUUGAGCUCGAAGCAAACCAACAGGAGGUGACAGCAUCUUGUGAUCUGAGCUGUGUCCUGAGGAAGACAGAGAAGAGAUUACGUAAAGCUAUCCGCACCCUCCGGAAAACAGUUCACCGGGAGCAGUUCCAUCUUCGUUUGUCAGGAGUGGAUUUUGAAGUGGCACAAAAGUCCCCUAGGGCGUCUGAACACUCUACAGAUCCCUGUGGCUUGGGGCAAGAGCACAGAAAGGACAAAUGUGUCCCUUGCAGCAUUGGAACAUAUGACGGAGGACAAGGGCAAUGCAUUUUAUGUCCAAAUGGGACGUACCAAGAUGAGGAAGGUCAAAUAACGUGUGAACCCUGCCCAACCACAGAGGACGCGGGGAACCAGAAGACCACGGGAGCUCGCAAUGUGUCUGAAUGCGGAGGUCAAUGCCUUCCUGGUGAAUAUUCUUCAGAUGGCUUCUCCCCAUGCCAGCCCUGCCCCCUGGGAACAUACCAGCCUGAAGGCGGCCGGACUUCCUGCUUUCCUUGUGCAGGGAGUUGGAGGGGAGAACUCACUACCAAACAUCCUGGUGCUACCACUUUCCAGGACUGUGAGGCAAAAGUUCAAUGUUCACCUGGGCAUUUCUACAAUACUACAACUCACCGGUGUAUUCGCUGCUCAGCAGGGACAUACCAACCUGAAUUUGGAAAAAAUUACUGUGUUUCCUGUCCAGGAAAUACCACCACUGACUUUGAUGGCUCCACAAAUGUAACUCAGUGUAAAAACAGACAUUGUGGAGGGGAGCUAGGAGAGUUCACUGGGUAUAUUGAGUCUCCAAACUACCCUGGGAAUUAUCCAGCCAAUACCGAGUGUACCUGGACCAUCAAUCCUCCUCCCAAGCGCCGCAUUUUGAUCGUGGUUCCUGAGAUAUUUCUGCCUAUAGAAGAUGAAUGUGGAGACUACCUGGUGAUGCGGAAAACCUCCUCCUCCAACUCUGUGACAACCUAUGAAACCUGCCAAACAUAUGAACGUCCGAUAGCCUUCACCUCCAGAUCAAAGAAGUUGUGGAUUCAGUUUAAAUCUAAUGAAGGGAACAGUGCCAAAGGCUUCCAGGUCCCUUAUGUAACGUAUGACGAGGAUUACCAGGAGCUCAUUGAAGACAUAGUCCGAGAUGGCAGGUUAUAUGCAUCUGAAAAUCAUCAGGAAAUACUUAAGGAUAAGAAAUUAAUCAAGGCUCUAUUUGAUGUCCUGGCACAUCCGCAAAAUUACUUCAAGUAUACAGCGCAGGAGUCCAGAGAGAUGUUUCCAAGAUCAUUCAUCCGAUUACUACGAUCCAAAGUGUCCAGGUUUUUGAGGCCUUACAAAUGACUCUUUGCUCAUCUCACCAGCUACAAAUGCUCAGGCAUGCCCCAGCCCGUGGGGUUUUCAAGGACAGAGCUGUGUCUGCCAUUUGCAUGCCAAUGGAGGGACAGGCAUGGUACCCAGUAUUAAUGACUCUUUAGAGUUUAAUUUUUAUAGAUAAUACAAAUAUUUUGAUAAGCUGAAUUGUAUUUUUUCUUCCAAGAGAUCUUGUAUACAGUUGUGUCCGGUCAUCGGGGUGCUGUAUCAGACAAUGCUAUCAGGUUUAGGGAAGGAGAGACCUUCAGAGGGAGCCAUGUCUGUUACCACCAGAGCUUCCUCAUUUCUGCAAGUCAUGGCGUGGGAUAGGAAGGACUGAGGAGUAGUCUGCCUGAGCUAUGUUUCAGUCCCUUCACUGCCUAGAGCUAGUCUGCCAUUCACACUUCCCAUUCCCCAUACUUAGAAACUGCUGACGGGACCUCCCAAUGACGCCAGUGGCAAGUGGACCUUUGAGGUGAAUUUCCUUGUCUGAACCUGGUCUGGCUCUGUUCGGGCAGCUCAGCCAUGUCGUGUUAUCCUUACUGAGGAUAUGGAGACAGAUCCUACCCAUUCAGAGUUAGAAGCAAGCACUGGAUUUCAGGCAACAAUUUUCCAAGAGAACUGGAAGGGCCGUGUUUGGGCCAAUGAGUUCCAAGUUAUGUCACCCAGGCACUAAAGUUCUGAAAGAAUGUAAUAAAGAAUGUUUGGAGUGGAGAGAAUUAAAAUAAAAUGAUGAAAAAAAUUUCUAUACAAAUGUAA